CACCCACAUGUGCUACUGAACUCCACAAACCAACUAGUGAUGACCUAGAACCUGGGAAGGCAUGGCUCACCGGCGGCUUUCCCCUUUCUGCGCGGCGGUGGGCUGAUGAAUGAGAUGACCGAGAACUCGGGGGUCCGGUGACUGAUUUAGCUCAGGAACAGCUCAAAUGGACCCGUGGCUACCCAAGGGAGCUGAUGGCGCAAGGAAUUGGAUGGAGAUGCUUCAUCGGCGUCGAAUUUCUCUAACGAAGCGAGGCUUGGCCAUGGGAGGCCUUGCAGUAGUAAAGUGAGGACGGGGAAGAAUCGCGUUUUCCUUCUUGAUGGUCGAUGCACAGACCCGGACUCGGGGCCGGUGUUCCGACUUCCGAAUCCCGACUCCCGACUCAGCGACGAGCCGGACUCCAAGUCGGAACGAGAACGACCCCAUCGUGGUCGGUAUCGUCCGUCGUCCCAUCGAUAUAUACCCCGCGUCCCCGCCCGCACUCUCCCCACGACUUCACGCCAAGAUCAUCCGCACGCCCGAGUCCACCGUCUGAAUCCUACGACACCAGCACCCCCUGAUCACGAUCGCGUCCCGUCCUCUCCCCUCAGAGCGCACGAUGCCGUCGUUCCAGCCGCAGAAGAGCGCCGCCCCCGCCGCGAAGCUGUGCGCCGCCGGCUGCGGCUACUUCGGCAGCCCGGCCACCCACGACCUGUGCUCCCUCUGCUACAAGAAGCGCCACAGCGUCGUCGGCGGCAGCGGCUCAGGCGCCUCCGCCGCCGCCACGGCAUCCGGACCCGUCGCGCGAUCCGCGUGCGAACCGCCGCCGCCGGCGGCGCCCGCCGCUAGCGUCUUUCUCGCACUUGCUGAAGGCGUCGUCGCUGAAGCCGCCGCUUCGUCGUCGUCGUCCUCCGCCGCCGCGCCCGAGGCGGCGAGGAAGGCGCAGCCGAGCCGCUGCGCGGCGUGCUGCAAGAAGGUGGGGCUGACGGGGUUCGUGUGCCGCUGCGGGAAGACCUUCUGCGGGAGGCACAGGUACGCGGAGGAGCACGGCUGCGCGUUCGACUUCAAGGGCGCCGGCCGCGUCACCAUCGCCCGCGCCAACCCCCUGAUCAAGGGAGACAAGCUGCCCAACAAAAUCUGAGCUUCACAACUUCCGUGCAAUGGGCUCACAACUUCAGAUCGUCAGAUGCAACGUUCUGUAUGGCCGGCCGUCGCAACUUUCGCAUCAACUCGUCUCGAUCUGAAGAGCAGCGUCUGGCUAGAUUUGUGCGAUGCAUGCCCAUCAGGGCUCAAUUCCGUGCGUACUGUUUUGUAAUCAGCUGAUGUCUGAGAACAUGAUCAUUCAUAUGAAUUUGUUUUUGUCCUCGUUUUCG